AUGUGUUGCAUCUCUACGGUUAAAUUCUCCAUUUUGAUUAAUGGUAGUCCUUCUGAUUUCUUUGGUAGUUCUAGGGGGAUUCGGCAAGGGGACCCCUUGUCUCCGUUGCUAUUUGAUAUUGUUAUGGAGGGUUUGAGUCGUAUGUUGGAUGUGGCUGCCACUACUAGUCAGUUAUCAGGCUUCUCUGUAGGUAGUACGGCUGAUAACUCGGUGAUGGUGUCUCAUCUUUUAUUUGCUGAUGACACUCUUAUUUUUUGUGAUGCUGUUCCUACACAAAUAGCUUGUUUGAGAGCAAUUCUUGCUAGAUUUGAGGAGGUAUCAGGUUUAAGGAUUAAUUUAGGGAAAUCUGAGUUGGUUCCUAUAGGGGUGGUGCACAAUAUGGAUGUUCUGGUGGGGAUGUUGGGGUGUAGGCAAUCCUCUCUUCCAUUGAGAUAUUUGGGGCUACCGCUAGGAGCUAAAUUUAAGGAGUUAUCAAUUUGGAAUCCUAUUUUGGAGAAGAUGGAAAGGAGAUUAGCAGGGUGGAAGAGGUUGUAUCUAUCUAAGGGGGGUAAGGUAACUCUUAUUAAAAGUACUCUUUCCUCCUUACCUACAUACUUCCUUUCCCUUCUGCCUUUACCUGGGAAGGUGGCAAAUCGUAUCGAGAAGUUACAACGAGAUUUUUUGUGGAGUGGUAUUAAUGGUGAUUCUAAAUUACAUUUAGUCAGUUGGGCUCAGGUUUGUAAGCUGCUGCAGGUUGGAGGGUUGGGUAUUAGACGAUUGAGGAGUUUUAAUUCUGCCUUGUUAGGAAAAUGGUUAUGGAGGUAUGGCAUGGAGACUAAUGCUCUUUGGAGGAGGGUUAUCGAGGUGAAAUAUGGGAAUGAUUGGGGUGGUUGGUGCACGAAAAAAGUGACCAGUGCUUAUGGUGUUAGUUUGUGGAGACAUAUUAGGAGUGGUUGGAUGAGUUUUUCUAAAUUACUUCUGUAUGAUGUGGGGAAUGGUACUAGAGUGAAGUUUUGGAAGCAUGUGUGGUGUGGAGAUCGUACUCUGCAAGAGGCUUUUCCGGAACUUUAUUGUAUUAGUAGAACAAAGGAUUCUUCAGUAGCGGAGGUUAUGUGUUGGUCAGGUGGGAGGAUUCAUUGGGAUGCCAAAUUUCGUCGUCCUCCACAAGAUUGGGAACAAGAAUCCUUUGAUCUGUUUAUGGAUAUGGUGUACUCUUCAACAGUACGGGGUUUGGGUCCGGAUCAAGUGUGUUGGAAGCCAGCAAGGAGUAAAGGUUUUGAGGUGGAUAGGCAAAUCCUUGGAAGCCAUCCAAGGAUUUCAGAUUUUGACAUUGAGAAAUCUAACAUAAAUUUUUGGCAAUUCAUGUCUGAAGGGAAAUUUCUAAUAGCUUCCACAUGGCAUCAGCUGCUACCUUCAAGUCAAGACUUUCAGAACCUUGUCAAUGCACACAAUGACAUUGUUGGUUUCCAGAAACAUGCCAAGUAUGCUUCUUUUCAACAGUCCAAAACCUCUACAUGGGAAAUUUUAAAAACUUGUGAGGAACAGUUAAUAUUGACUUUAUAUCAAUUGAUUAAGCAAGAAGAAAGGGAAACAGGAAACACUGGUCUACAUCCUUACAUACUGUGUAUGAGUAAGAGCAAGGGCUUCUUGUCUCUUCUAGGCAACUAUAUGCCACUUCACAUUCUUAGCUAUGCAGUUGAUACAAAACUAUUGGUUUGCUGCUGA